ACUUCAAAAGAAUUUGAUGCAUUUGGCUGCAAUCGCUGAUUCCCAACCGCAGACACCAGCAAUGCCUCCCCAGAUGUCUCCACAUCCAGCAAUGCAACAAGGAGGGUUUUAUGCGCAGCAUCCUCGAGCCGCAACCAUAGCUCAGCAGCCAGGUAUCUUCCUCCCAAGAGCACCCUUAAAGUUCAACAAUCCACAUCCAAUUCAAGAUCAACAGCAGCUUCUAACCCAACAAGCCAUGCAAGCGCAAAUGGUUUUACGGCCUCGUGGUGCCAGCAAUGGUGCACAACCCACACACAAUGACAGCACUCUCGGAGGAGGCAGCAACGGUAUUCCCACUUCAAAUGAUGUGCAAGGAGUAAACCAAGAUAAACCCGAGUGUCAGGCCUCUGGUGCUAAUGCUGGCGGAGAUGGAGAUGAAGCAAAAUAAUGACCUCGUGAAAAUUGUGAACUGGUUGUUUAUAGAAGAUUUAAUGUUGUGGAGCAAGUGUCUUCUGGCCUUUAUAUAGUUCAACUAGGAACCGAGGAUCCGCGUCACCUCUUAUAGGAGGCGUAUGGGUAGGGUGGUUGUAACGAGUUUCAACUUGUCUUACUUCUUAGUUAAGCCUCCAGUAUGGAGAAAGCAUUUGUCUCAGCUUUGAUGCUUAUUGUUCUAUAAUAAUGUAAGUUCGAUUCCAUAAAAUUUGUGUCUGAUUUAAUCAUCAAUAUCGACAAUUUUGAUCA